AUGCGGGGACCCGUCCAGGCAGCAGCUGUCCAACGGCGUACCAGACAGAGCCUCGUCUCGACGAUGCCGGCGCAUUGUUUCAUCCGACCGUCCAUCCAGCGGAUUCCGCGAUGCCCUGUGCACGCGACACAACGCGCACAAGCCCCCCUCACCUGGUUUAGCCCGCCGGUUGAGACGGUUGCCCGGGGUGUGGCCGCUGAGCAGAGCAUAGCUACGUGCAGCUACAGGUGAGGCAUCCUCGGUCGCGUCAGUGGCACCUGCUGGACUAUGUCCUCGUCCGGAGGCGAGAUCAGCGGGACGUGCUGGUGACGAAGGCGAUCGCGGGAGCUGACGGGUGGACCGACCAUCGCCUCUUCAUCUCGAAGAUGCGUGUUCGCCUACAGCCUCGCAGGAGACCACAAGGUAAGCGACCCCCAGGUAAGCUGAAUAUUGCCUUAUUGUCAUUGCCCGCUCACCACCUCCAUUUCAGCAAUGAGCUAACUCAACGGCUAGACAACCUUCCUAUCGCUGCCGCCGCCGCCGCCGACGCCGCUGCCGAGAACGCCUCGGUGGAGAACCGAUGUUGUCAACUGCGGGACACGGUCCAGUCGACGGCGUUAGCUGUCCUUGCUCGCGCACGCCGCCAACACCAGCACUGGUUCGACGACAACGACGCCGUCAUCAGCAAUCUGCUCGCUGAGAAGAACCGCCUACACAAAGCCUACGUAGACCACCCUGCUGACGACAACAGAGCUGCUUUCUACCGCUGUCGCCGCCACCUUCAGCAACGACUACGCGAGAUGCAGGACGCCUGGACAGCCCGCAAAGCUGAGGAGAUCCAAGGAUACGCGGACCGCAACGAAUUGAAGAACUUCUUCUCCGCAAUCAAAGCUGUCUACAGUCCGCCGACGAAGGGCACUGCUCCUCUCCUCAGCGUCUACGGCAACACUCUCCUGACUGAGAAGACGCAAAUUCUACAGCGAUGGGCCGAGCAUUUCUGA